AUGAGACAAGCCUCUGAUAAAAGCAUCAGGGGUCAAAACAUCAGAAUCUGGAUGCGAAUUGCCAAUUACGACCUCGGCCACGUUCGGUAUCAUUGCUUACACGUAGAUCGCCAUAUGGAGAGGGGAACUUGGACAUGUGAAAAAGAAGCAGGCACAAAACCCCGCGCGUUCACUCCGAGACAUGUUGGAUCACCGUUGAUGGAAAGUUCCGUCGUGCCUCUCGGCGCGGCAAUGAUUUAG